GGAUUAUUCCAAGUUUUUAAAUCUAGGAAAUAUUUUAAGUUCGAAUGAUGGAUAAUAUUUUAAGUUCGAAUUCUAAAAUCUAGACUCUAACGCCUGUUAAGCCCGCGUAUUAGAUUACGGAUUGGAGAUUGAGAUUAAAUCGAAAUUUGACCGAUCGGUGGAAAAUUCACUAAAUUUCACUAAACUUGAAUUCAGUUAACUUUAUACCGAUUGGUUAAAUUCAAUCUCGAUCUCAAUCCCCAAUUUGUAGUCUGAUGCGAACCUUACACAUUACAUAUUAGGAUUAAUAUUUGACCAAUCGGAACAAGUUUAACUAAACUAGAGUUUAGUGAACUUCGUUCUGAUUGGUCAAAUCUCAAUCUCUAAUCUGUAAUAUGAUACGUCGCAAUUGACGGCGGGAUCGUAGAAUGUUCCUUGAAUUCUGCGUUUUCAUCGAAGCAAGACGGAUCAGAAUAUGUAAGGACCGUUUUUAUUGGCUACCCUCUCGAACGUGUUAUCUCGAGAUAAUAUACAACCAAUAGAACGAUCACGCCCCACGCUAGUAAUGCAUACGGAAAUACCCAGUGGUAUUGGAUAUGACAUUGAUGUGUGCGAUAUAACAGCUCAUUUGCGAUGUUCACGACGAUGCGGUCUAACCUCUAAAAUCUAUAGUCAAAACAGAAUAUUGACCGUCACGAUAUUUACCUCGCAGUAACAUCAAAUCACUAUCAAGUAACAAUGCCAAGUUGCCAUGUGGAAAAUCACGAAAACAAAGUGAUGAAAAGAUUUAAAACAAGAGGAGGAACUCCGAAAAAUCACGUGCUCCAAUCUCGUCUCAAACGUCAAAGUUUUGGAAGUGACUCUGCGUCUUAGUACUUGAACGUAUGAGCUCGACUAUGUGGGAAAUUCGGCUCAUACACGAUUGGUAAACAAAAAGAUUGCCCAAGAUUACCUGUUGAGUAACCCGCAUCAAGUUCUACUACGUUUCUACUUGACUUUGUAUCGCAUGUCGGUGUCAGCAUUGAGGAGAUGCAGGUGAAUACACACCUCUGUCGACCGUGGUCGAUGAGAGGAGAUGACGACUGCAAAAGAGGACACUGGCUCGCGAGCCGAGCAGGCAAUCUCGCAGAAACGAACGAGCGGAAACAUUUCGUUCGCUCUGGUUUAUCGCGUCUCUCGCGUAGAAGAGCGACACGCGCGAAGAGCGACGCGUUGCUAUUGCAGUGAUAUCCGACGCGUCGGGAGGGGUGAAGCAGAAAGAGAGAAAGAGAGAGAAAAGGAGGGAGGGGCCGAGAAGAUCGACGAUGCGACCUCUGGUGCGCCGCAUGACGGGCGUGCAUCGCACUAUGCGUUGCAUUGCUGUCGAAUAUGGCGUCAAGCACGGACCUGGCGGAGUAUUCGUCCCCGGUGAAGCGUCGUAAGGUCGACGACGACGGCGGUCACGGGAGCGUCAACGAAGCCGCGAUGGAUCCGAUGGCCGGUGAGACAGCCCACGCCAGCCCGAACGAUGAUCUUGAAGAAACUCUGGGCACAGACAGUGAGUUUACAGAACUAAGUGACGAGUCCAAAUCAGCAUCCAUAUCUUCUGCAACCACAAAUUUGAUAUCACCGCCAUCCAGAGUUGACUCGAUUAGUAACGAUACUGGUUGUCCGAUCGACACUGCAGAUGAGAAAGAUGAGGUAUCCUCCACUGUUUCAAAUCUCUCAGAUUUAUCAGGGUUAUCCGAUCUUUCUGGAGAGGCAGAGAUCGGCCAUCAAUGGCGAAACGCUUCUUCCUGGGUUCAAAAACAAAUGCUCACCGGUGCUGACCCGAGGAAUCUCCUGCAUCACCUCCUCAUGGGUUCUACACAGAUUCCUGAACAGAUCAUAAUUAACAUGAUGUCGGAACCUCCUAGACGGCAAAAGCUCAGACACGUAAACACCUUGACAGACGUGGUACGGUUAGUUCGCAACAGCAAGAAAAUCAUAGUAUUGACUGGCGCUGGUGUAAGUGUCAGCUGUGGUAUUCCUGACUUUAGAAGUAGGGAUGGUAUCUACUCAAGAUUAGCGCAAGACUUUCCAAACUUACCAGAUCCACAGGCUAUGUUCGACAUCAAUUAUUUUGCUCAAGAUCCCAGACCGUUCUACAAAUUCGCACGUGAAAUAUACCCAGGACAAUUUAAGCCUAGUCCUUGCCAUAGGUUCAUCAAGAUGCUGGACAAACAGAAGAAACUUUUGAGGAAUUACUCUCAAAAUAUCGACACUCUGGAACAAGCCGCUGGUAUCGAGAAUGUGAUCGAGUGUCAUGGCUCUUUCGCUACCGCAUCGUGCACAAGAUGUAAAUAUCAGGUUAAAGCGGACGACAUCAGGGAGGAUAUCUUUGCGCAGAAGAUACCCUCGUGUCCGAAGUGUCGCGUUAAUGCGCUGCGUUCUCUGCCGAAGAUCAACUCCAGCGAGAACUAUCGAGAUCUGGUAUCCCAAGGUAUAAUGAAGCCAGAUAUCGUUUUCUUUGGCGAGGGCCUGCCAGACGUUUUUCACGACGCGAUGGCCAAAGACAAGGACGAUUGUGACUUAUUAAUCGUUAUCGGUUCAUCCCUAAAAGUCCGGCCAGUGUCGUUAAUCCCGUCGUCCAUUCCGUCGCAUGUACCGCAGAUCCUCAUUAAUCGGGAACCAUUGCCGCACCUUAAGUUUGACGUUGAACUGUUGGGCGAUGGUGAUAUCAUUAUCAAUCAGAUAUGCCAUCUGAUGGGUGACCCUUUCAAGGAAGUCUGUUGGCACGAUACGAUUUUGAAGGAAGCGCAGCAGCUUCUACCGGUGCGUUGUUUGUCCGACGACACGUGGGAACAGAGUCAAGAUACAACCACCAAUACCGAGCUGUCGCGCGACAGCGUGGAGAUUGAUCUGAAGUCCCACAAUGUAUCUUCGGCCGAAAGCCAGGACAGUCUGUUGAUCAACACGAUGCCGCAGCGUGCGGAGGAUAUCAAUAUUUGCGUGUCGCCCUUCUACGGCGGACACGUGGAAAAUACGGAGGAGGGCUUUAAUCUUCUGGGAGAGAGUCCGAAGAAGCGGUCGGGUGAUACUAGCAUAGAGAACAGUCCGAAACGGAUGAAUUUCGGUACGUGCGAAGCGAAACUCGCGAAUUUCGUCGUUUCCUCGCCGACGAAAGCCAACGUCGAAUGUGCAAUGACUGCGCCGAGGGGUAAGAUUCAUGCCGCAUCCGCGGCUUCUGAAAACAGCUCGUCGGAGGAAUGCCAAGUGGUGCCGACGACUGUUUCGUCGGAGCCCAUUCUGUACGAUAACAUCUUGGAGUCGCACAAGCUGUCGGACAAUUGUGGACAACCGAUUAAGUACAACGACACUGUGACGGAUGUUGUCGAAUCGGACAAAACAAUACCGAAGCCGAGGCAAGUGUCGGUGGACUCCGUGCUGGAUUCUGGUAUAGGCGACAGUUGUAACAGCGUCGACAGCACGGAGAAAUACGGUAUGGCCGAGUUGAAGAACAGGACAUUGGAGGGCCAUUGUUGGCAGCCGAAAAUCCGAGAGAGCCUCGCCACCAGGCUGCAAGAAAACUCGUAUUACCAGCUGAUGCCGGGCAGAUACGUUUUUCCCGGUGCGGAGAUCUAUUCCGAGCCCGAGGAUUACGACCAGUGCUCCCUGUCGGUGAACUCCGAGAGCACGGAGAGCGACAGCGACUCCUCCUCGGCCGAGGAGGAGGAGGAUGAAGAGGAGGAGACAUGCGUGGAUGACGAUCUGUCGGAGAGCGCGGAUCCUGACGCUGACAGGCGAAACGACGGCGCGAAAUGGGCAAGUAAUUCCUACGGUGUCAGGCAGGAUUAAAAGCGCAAACUUUCGGAAUAUAUAUAUAUAACAGUUAAUUUUCGGUAACUGUUGAAUUCUAUUGAUUCGCAACACCGAUCGUUCACCGUGUAACACGGAUGCGAAUGAUGCAUUUCGCCAAAUCACUGUUUGUUCGCAAUAACGAGAGAACAUGUACGUUGUAUCGUCGUACGCGCGUUAGACGGAAUGGCCGAGGUCGUCGCGGACGAACCGUCGUCUGCACUGUGUGUAAGAGAAUCAUUACAAGCGAAGAUCAGCAAGAAUCUUUUAUUCUGCUAACGUUGAACACAGCUAUGAGACAGUCUCGGAAUUAUCGAUGUCGUUCCGCCUCGUAGCUACCGGACAAGCAGCCGUGGGUGGGUUUAAGAUUCUCAGCAGUGGAUUUCAAAUUUUCGUGCUUAUUCGCGUAUUUCACGUGCGAUUUGCCAUCGUGUGAUCUCAGAAAGAAUGUGCGAUUCGACGUAUUAUCAUUGUUGUUCCGACUGUUCGUAGAUCGUGCGCAGAUUUUGCGUUCCGUCUCUCUCUCUCUCGAGUCCAUCUUUUUGCGCUCGGGUACUUGAAUCUGUUUUUUUUCACCCACGGCUACGGGCGGAACGUAAGCGCGUCGUCGGUAACCGCUCUCGUGUCUCACGCGUCGUCCAUGCGAUAUCUUCGUCCGGAUACGAAAAUUAUGAUAAUUAUUGAGAUUGCUUUUUUAGCUUAACGCACUAUGUAUAAUUAUUUCAUUUCCUAGUGAUAAUCUAUUAAGAGCUACAUUAUAUACGCGAGAUGUAAAUACUGGUGUGUGUCUCUCGGUGUCGCUCUUUGCCACGAGAGAGGCGGAAAGAGAGAAUCCGGGAGACGUGACAUUACGACAGAAAUUGGAUUUCUGUCUCAAUCAAGCGCAAUGGUAACAUGUAAAUAUGAGAUUAAUUGUAAACUUAUUAGCACGGUUAUAUAAAAAUCGCGGAUUGUUGAAUCUAUGGUGCGGAUGGUAAAUUCCAAACGGUAAAUCCGUUCGUUUUAGCUGCGUAUAGUCUCUUCUGCAUUUGAAAUGAAACAAGUUCAUUUCGACGGGAGAAGAGGGACGAGGGGAUGCAGAGAAGCGAGUAAUAUAGCUAAAAUCAACGGAUCUAAUCGACGAUGCAUUUUGCGAAAAUGAGAUCUACCGUCUUAUUUUAUUAUGUCGGAGUGAAUGUUAUCACCCUUUGUGCACGCGAGAGCGCAUUCGCGUGAAACAGGGAUGUCAUAUUAGUUUGUUAGAACUAUAAAAUCCAUAAGGAAAAUUGUCCUGCGAAUACGGAUAGGAUUUUCUCGUUUGCGAUCCUCGAUUCGAAAUUUAUCGGCGAAUGAUAUUCGAACGACACUUCGUGUUUGACGAGAAAGCGAGAGUAUAACGGCAAACACAUGCAGAAUCUGCUAUAAUAUUGCUAAUUAAAAAUUUAAAGAAACUUAUUCGCGACACUACGUUCGUCGUUACGAAUAGAAUCGCUAGUGUUAGUCUACAUCUUUCAACGUUAUAAACUUGAGAAGGGGAUUAAUAGCUAAUUACAAAUCAUACAUAUAUAUAUAUGAUUCUAAUUAGUUUUGAAUUCAACUCGGAAAUUUCAGUUCCUUCCUUUUCGUGCACGAUUUUUAAGACAGAUUUCGCAGGCUUCCCACGUAGGCGACACGAUUGGAUUGUGUUUUCCCGACAAACGGAAAGGAAUCAAGUCCUGCGGAAAAUCGUAAUCGACCCGACAUAUGUAAUCGACUAUCACUAAUUCUAUCGUACGUUAAGUUGUACUAGUAGCUUUCCGCAUCCCGAUAUGGAUAAUAAUCGUCAUAGGCCGGUAUUCACAAUCAGAUCUUAUAUUUUAAGACCGUCUUAAGUUUAUCUUUGAGUGUUUCGUAGCCGAUAAAAAAGAGCCGCCAUACAGCAGUACACAGAAAACCGAAGACAAACUUGAGAAGAUUUUAAAUAUAAAAUCCGAUCGUAAACACCGGCCGUAGUUUGGCAAUGAUCACUUUUUUAGAUUCGUUAAGUUCAACUUUGUUUCAUUGGAGCACGGGCGAAUGUACAAAGCAAUGUUGGAUAGCUUCGCAUUGCGUGUUAUUUUUAUAUGAGCAAGAAAAAAGGUAGAAUAGCGACUUUACAAGAUUAAAGGAGAAACAAAAUGACGCAAUAAUCUUUGACAAACCGUUAGUUAAUUACGGGAGUAGUGCUUGACAUGACAGACGUAACGAACUACACGAAUAAGAGAGAUGUGUAACUAAAAGAGGAGGAUAGAGAGCGCAUAGCGUGUGUGAGAACGUUCGCUAAAGACAUUUUAUAGGUGCAUACGGAGAAACGGUUCUGUCAAAGACAUUAUUGCAAAGUAUCUUUAAGAAAUAAGAAAAAAAACGGUUGUGUGCAAGUUUUAUUAUAUAUAUAAUUACAGUGGACGUAAACUUACUUUGAUUCAAUGCUAUCGCAUUGUAUGAGUAAUGUUUGAAAUAACGGCGAAAAUUAGAUAAAUGGCAGGAGACUGCGCGCGCGCGUGUGUGUGUAUGUGUGUGUGCACGAGAAAGAGAGAGAGAAUGCAAGAUAUUAAUAAGUCACGAGAUAAGUAACAUAUGUAAACACAUCUCUAAUAAUGUGACAAGAUUUUAUUUUUCAUUUAUUCUGCACUACGUGAGAGAGAGAAAGAGAGAGAGAGAGAGAGAGAGAGAGAGAGAGAGAGAGUUCUACAUGGGAGAAUCGAUUUCGAUGUAGAGCCGUUUUCGCUAACGGCGGCAAGAAGACUCAUUAAGACUUGCUCGCCUUCGUGAAAUAGCGUUAUUAUUUCGGUUCCUCAUAGUAUGCGACAAUUUUAUAUAAGAUUAGACACGAGGAUUACUAAUCUUUCGUUUUGUACAAAACGGCUUUAUUUAUCAUUGUUUUGCUGAACGACCGGCAGGAGCCAGAUUAAGUAUAUAUUAUUGUUUGAUAAAUCCUCUUUUUAUUUAUUUAAUGUGUAUACGGAUGCGUAUAUGUGCGGUGCAUGCUUGCGUGUGUGCUUGUGUGCGAGCAUGUGUAAAUUUGUGAAUAUAUAUAUGUACACGUAAUGUGUGUGCGUAUAUAUUUAUAUAUAUAUGGUUGGUUUCCGAAAAUUAUGCCACUCACACAUAAUUUCACAAAUGCUUGGAAAUUUCGGUUCCCUGCAACCGACUGUGGAUACACACAAUACUGCAUAUGACCACGAUCCAAU